AAAGAGAGAGAGAGAGAGAGAGAGAGAGAGAAUGGAAGAAUGAUUUGACAAGAAGAUAAUACACACACCUAACAAAACAUACAAAUGUACAUGUAUAUAUAUAAAAUAUUGAAAACAUGAAACUUCAAUUUUUAUAUGGAAUCCUAUUGACGAUCGCGAUAAUUCAAGCUGAGGGAGCCGGAAGUACAAGUAAUGUAGUCGAUAAUCCAAAUGUGAGAAUCGUUGUGAGAAAGGAAAGUCGAGGAAACGAAGGACGAUCUCUAAAUGAUAAUGGCGAUCAUUCAAUAGACGAAGAAUUCAAUCAAACUUUUGAAAACGAUGAUUUACGAGAGGAAGAUUCUAAUAAAGACAAUAAUUCAACAUCAAUAUCAGAACAAACAUCAAAACGAUCAUCAACAGAAACAACAAUGUUAUCAACAAAACAAACACCAUCAACAAAAGAAACAUCAUCAACAAAAGAAACACCACCAAUAAAAACGCUACCAACUAUCGCAAGUCCGGAGGAAUAUCCGUAUCAAGUUAAAGGAGAAAAUGGAACAUGCAUAUUGUCAAAGAUGACGAUCUCACUAAAUGUGACGUACAACAAUACGAACCUGGAGAAUAGUAAUGAAAUCUUGAGCAUACCGACCCAUGAAAUAACGACCGAUGGUUAUUGCAGUGAGCCAGUUUCUGUUAUGCAAUUAACUUGGCCGGUUCCCUUUUUGGAAGAAAAAACUAACAAUAUUACUUUUUACUUAAAAAAAGCCAACUCUACAUUUUCAGUUUUUGAAAUCCUCUUACUGAUCCAUUUAGACGAAUGGAAUUUUCCUAAUGCAUUAGACGCAGACAUAUUGCAAACAACCGGUCCGAAUCUUACAUUGUUCGCUGCUUCUACUAUUAAUGGUAAAUACAUAUGCAACAAUGAAACCAAAGUGAAGACGGAAACUGUUGAAAUAUCGAUAACCGAUGUCAUUUUAAUAGCUUUUAACACAGACAACGACGUUUCGUCGAGAUCCGAGGAGAACUGUGUUCCAAAGUUGAAUAUUGCUGAAUUGUCUAAUUUUGACAUAGAGAGUAUUGGAUUAAUCACUAUUCCUAUCGCUGCUAUAUUAAUGAUUUGUACCAUUGCAUGUAUCAUUUGGUUACAAAAAAGAAAUUCGUGUCUUCAUUCGGAAUACAAAAAAUAAAUAUCAAAAUAAAAAAAAAAAAAAAGGAUUUUCUUUGUUAUCACUAGCCAAGAGAGAAAAUUACUUACAAAAAGAUUGAAUGUUUAUAACUGUUACCGACUAAUGGUAAAUUAAUUGCUAACGAAUAAAUAAAAGUCAAUGGAAGGAAAUAAUUCAAUAUUGAUUAC